GUGCGGGCCGGGGGGCUGCUGCCUGGCGAGGGUCGGGCCUUCUGCGGUUCUGCUGGCCGCUGUGUGGCCGCGGCGUCCGCCGGGGCUGACUCCGACCCGACGCGCGGCGUUUUCUCCGCGGAGUCGCCGGCGCAGACCCAGCCCGCCUCGCGCUGUGCGGCCUCUAGGGGCUCGUUGCUCCGAGCAGCACUGUACUCGGCAGCCGGCCCCAGGCCUCCCGCCUCGGUUCGUGGCGAGCUGCGGGCCUGCCUGGGCUCGCCCCCCGCGCCAUCCGGCUUUUUCCCACGAGGCUCACCCGACGUGCUGAUCAGCUGGGCGCCUGCGGCUGCCCCGCCCCUGGGAGUGCGCACCCGGCUCCAGAUAUGGAUCAGAAACUUUCAAAGUUGGUAGAAGAGCUCACAACUUCAGGAGAACCCCAACUGAAUCCUGAGAAAAUGAAGGAACUGAAGAAAAUUUGCAACAUGUGUGCUUGGGUCAGGCCAGUUUGUGUCCCCAGGUCUUCAGAGGAGCUGCUAGGCCAUGCCUACCACCUGCUGAUGGCGCAGCUGAGCCAGGAGCACGCCCAGGUCCGCCUCUCAGCCUUCCAGGUCGUGGAUGAACUCUUCACCAGGUCUCACCAGUUCAGGAUGCUGGUUGUCUCUGACUUCCAGGAGUUUUUGGAGCUCACACUGGGCACAGACCACGAGCAGCCCCUGCCACCACCCAGGGAGGUGGCCCAGAGGCUGAGGCAGGCAGCCAUCCAGGCAGUAAAAGUGUGGAAUGAGAAGUUCGGGGAGGCCUAUAAGAAGCUCGCUUUGGGCUACCACUUCUUAAAACACAACAAAAAGGUGGAUUUUCAAGAUGUGAGUGCCAGGACUCUAGCAGAAAGAAGGAGAGAAGAGGAGAAGCAGAAGCACUUGGAUAAAAUCUAUAAGGAAAGAGCCCAGCAGGCAGAGAGAGAGAUGGAAGAAAUGUCUGAAGAAAUCGAGUCCUGCCUGACAGAAGUGGAGAGCUGCUUCAGGUUGCUGGUGCCAUUUGACUUUGGCCCUAGCCCAGCAGCAGCGGAAUUCCUUGACAUGGCUUCUGGCAUGUCCGAUGAGGGUGCCUCUCGCUCCUCGCACCCGGGCCAAGCCACCCCUUGCGAGUCUGACUCCCUCACACCCUGGGAUGGCGAGCAACCCUGCUGCAGCAAGGACCUGCCUGCCUUUGCGUGCCACCACGGGGCUGGCAGCAGGCCACUGCUGCUGCAGGCAGCCACAGGGGACCCCUCGGAAGACGAGGAUGAGGACAGUGACCAGGAAAAGUUUUUGCGGAGCCAUGGUCUGGGCUCACACAAGUACACACUGGAUGUGGAGCUCUCCUCAGACGGCCUGAAGGUGCAGGAGAAUGAAGACAACCUUGCCGUCGUCCAAGCUGCCCGUGAUGCGCUCAAGCUUGUCCAGAACAAGUUUCUUCCAUCUGUGUGCUCCUGGGUCCAGCGGUUUACCCGCGCAGGGACCCAUGGUGGACACUUAAAGCGUGCCAUUGACCUGAAGACGGAAUUAGAGCUCGCGCUGAGAAAAUACAAGGAGCUGGACAUCGCACCUGAGGGAGAGCAGAGGCUCAGGACAGACACCCCAGAGGACGGGGAGGAAGAUGAGGAGGACGACUUUGUGGAGGUCCCAGAGAAGGAGGGAUUCGAGGCCUGUGUCCCUGAGCACCUGCUGGGGCUGGAGUCAGAGGCCCUGCUGCAGACCCCAGAGAAGAACCUGGCUGUACAGGGCUUACAGGCAAGGACAAGGACAAGGAUGAGAAGGGAUGAGGAGGCAUCAGACCCCACCUCUGCGGCUGCCCAGCAACAGCGGCUCAGGGACCACUUGCCCCGGCUGCCACCCUCGUCUACCAGCCCCUCUAAGGCACUGUUGGGGCUGGAGGAGGCCCAGAAACUGGCAGCAGAGCGGGCCCGGGCACCCUUCGUGCCCUACGGAGUAGACCUAUGCUACUGGGGCCAGGAGCAGCCAGCGCCCAGGAAGAUUCUCAGAUCCAACUCUCAGCACCGCUUUUGGAAGCCCAGCGAGGUGGAGGAGGAAGUAGAGAGUGCUGCUAUCUCCGAGAUGCUCCAGAGCCGCCAUAUCACCUUUGCAGGGAGGUUUGAGCCUGUGCAGCACCGGUGCCGUGCCCCAAGGCCCGAUGGCCGGCUCUGUGAGCGCCAAGAUCGGCUAAAGUGCCCUUUCCAUGGAAAGAUUAUCCCAAGAGACGAAGAGGGAAUGCCCCUUGACCCGGAAGACAGGGCGCUGGAGCAGAGGCGGCAGCAGCAGAUGCAGAAGCGCCCGGACUGGCAGGACCCUGAGUUCAUGAAAGAUGUGGAAGCAGCCACCGGGAUGGAUCUGGGCUCAUCCAGGUACUGCAGGAAAGGCAAGGGGAAGAAGAGGAAGUACCCCAACCUCACCGACUUAAAGGCGCAGGCUGACACUGCCCGGGCACGCAUCGGGAAAAAGGUCUUUGCCAAGGCGGCUGUGCAGAGGGUGAUCACAGCCAUGAACCAGAUGGACCAGAAGAAGCACGAGAAGUUUGCAAACCAGUUUAACUAUGCACUGAAUUAGAGUCUGGGCCAGGAGCAGGUUUAGCUGACAGCCGCGCAGAUCUCCUCUUGGGCUCUUCCUUCACUGUGCCUUUGGCCAAGCUGACCUUCCUGUUGGGCAUCUUGACCGCAGGGAGGGGGCUUGCUGAGAGCCUUCCCUAGAGUCUUCUGGAAGCUGGGCUGCCUGGCCACUGCUGUGAGACCUGUAGGAGAACUGGAUGGAACCGGAUUGGGAGCCCACCUCCUGCUCCUCCCCCCAUCCCCCACGCCGGCCCCCUAGUUUAUUUCUUAAGUUGUGGGAGUUCUUUAUUCAUUAAGAAAAUUAGCUCUAUGUGAUGCACUGCAAAUAUUUCCUAUUUAUCUUCUGAUUUUCCUUAUGCUGUUCAUUUUUGUUGUAUUGUUGUUGUUGUUGUUAUUAUUAUUAUUAUUAUUAUUAUUAUUAUUAUUUUGGCCAUCUAGAAG